CAACUUACAAAAGUGAAAUUCCCUUUAGCGCCUUUGAGCCUUUGGGCGAAGAUUUUGAUUUGAAUUAAUCUAAUCAACAGGUCCUUUGACUCAGUUUCAUGUGAUUUCUCUGCCUUAAGGAUAAGAUCCACGAGUAGGUUGAGCUAAUCAGCCGAAGAAUUACAUCAGAACAGAACAGAAUAGAAUUCCGAAGAACCAUACAAAGCUAGAGUAACGACGGCGUCGAACAAAAUCCUUAUAAAGCGUCAGCCAGCAAAAUGGAACCGAAAGAAACCCCUAAACCUACCAGCACACAGCAACCAGCUGAAAACACAUCGUUAUCGACCGAAAAGAUAGAAAAACGACGUUUCAAACUAGAAGAAAUUCAAUCACGUUUCUCACCAGUGCUACGACAAUUAUAUCGAAUAGAAGAAUCAGCACCUUUACGAGAACCAGAUUUCAAACCACAAGAUCUUCAAAAAUGUUUCUCACCGCUGCUGCUAAAAUUAUAUCAAAUGGAAGAAUCAGCACCUUUCCUAGAACCAGUUGAUCCGGUCAAGUUGAAUAAUAUACCCAAUGACUGGGGUAUUUACGACCAGCAGCCGACCGAUUUUCCUACCAUAAAAGAUAAACUUGAUAAUGGCCUGUAUGUUAAUCCUUGGAAUUUCGUCGACGAUAUGCGAUUCUUGUUCAAUAUCAAUUGCAAAUAUAACGGUGAAAGAUCCUCCAGUAUUUACAAAUGCAGUUCCAAGUUAGCUAAAGUAUUCGAACACGAUAUCAAUCCAAUCAUGCGAGAUUUAGGGUAUUGUUGCGGUAAAAGGUACUCGUUCUUAAGUCCAAAACCGCUGCCCUGCUUCGGUAAACAACUAUGUACGAUACCGAGAGACGCGCAAUAUUUCAAUUACCUGAACGAGUAUGCGUAUUGUGUUAAAUGUUUCAACGAGAUAUCCGAAGAUACUGUAACCGUAGCUGAUGAUCCUUCUCAGCCUCCAACUGUAAUAAAAAAAGAUCAGUUCGUAGAAAUGAUCAACAAUCAUAGUGAAAUGGAGCCUUUAGUCGAGUGCCUAGAUUGUGGCAUAAAAUUACAUCGAAUAUGCGUUUUGCAUGUAGAUGCGAUACUGGGUUCAGAAUUCGUUUGUGACAAUUGUUUGAAAAAGAAUAACAAGCGAAGAAAGGAAAAUGAAUUUCGUGCUGAACAGUUACCGACUACUAAGUUAUCCAUUAGCAUCGAAGCUCGGGUCAACAGAAACCUUAGAAAGAAAAAAGUCGAAACGGGCAAAGUAACAAUUCGUGUAGUAUCGUGCUCUGAAAAAAUAACCAAAGUUAAACCUGCCAUGAAGAGUUUAUUCGUCGAUACUGGAAAAUUCCCCCAACAAUUUCCGUUCAAAGCAAAAGCUGUGCUCGCUUUCCAAGAAAUCGACGGCGUCGAUGUGUGUGUUUUCGGUAUGCACGUUCAAGAAUACGGAUCCGAAUGUCCGCAACCGAAUCAAAGACGCGUAUACAUCGAGUUAGUGGACUCAGUGCGGUUCAAUGAACCGAUAAAAUUUCGUACAGCCGUUAAUCAUGAAAUUUUAUUAGGAUACUUGGAUUAUGUUAAGCAGUUAGGGUAUGCGAUGGUUCAUUUACUGGUUCGUACUCCUAACGAAGCAGAAGAUUUUAUUUUCAAUUGCAAUCCUGCAAAUCGAAAACUUCCAAUUGAUUAUUGCAAAAUGUUAGAUACAGGUAUCAUCGAAAAAAGGGUGAUAGAUUACAAGAAUAUUUUCAAACAAGCAAUGGACGAUGGAUUACAUUCUGUCGCUGAAUUUCCGUAUUUCGAAAACGAUAUUUGGACUGAUAUGUUAGAAGAAAGUAUCCAAGAGCUGAACCAGCUCGAAGAAGAGAAAAGAAAACAGGCUGAAGCUGCGGAAGCCUCCUCAUCUGCAGAAAAUGACGUGCAAAAAUGUAAUAUAGACGUUGAUGCUGAAAAGAAAAGUAAUAAUAAGAGUGUAUCUCAACUCGAGGAAGAUUUAUCAGCCAACAUUUUCGCCUGGAUGGAAAAAAAUAAAGAAAAUUUCUUGGUUAUUCGAUUGCAUUCGUCUCAAUCUAUCGCCAACUUACCGCCUAUCAAAGAUCCUGAUCCAUUAAUCUCCUGCGAUCUCAUGGACGGAAGUGAUGCAUUCUUAACGAUGUCUCGUGAAAGGGGUUACGAAUUUUCGACACUGCGUCGAGCGAAAUUCUCGUCGAUGGCGAUGCUAUUCGAAAUACAUACCAGGAUUCAAGAUCACUUCGUUUACAGCUGUGAUAAUUGUGAAAAAAUCGUCAAAACUAGGAAUGAUAAGCUGGUGCCAACCUUACCGCAGGUCAGCUUGAAAGAGAAGUUGAUUCGUCGUAGAAUUCUGCUACAGAUAUUGGGGAUGACACAUUCUCCGCAGAACAAAAAGAAUAUCUUAGAGGCACUAAAGACAGAUCCACGAGUGAUUACGGAGUUUUUAAAACGAGGAAAAGAGAAGCAACAUGGUCCAACAAGUCCUACGAGUCAGCUACCUUCGCAGCAACGAAUACCCGAGGACGGAUCUAAUACAGACGCUGGUUUGAUAAAUCAAGACACGUCUAUAUCUCAGCAAACGCCACCCAAUGUAUCACUGCCAUCAUCGAACCAGGUGCCACAUCUCUGUCCAGAUGUGCAACAAUUAUCGCAAACGUUAAGUUCACCAAGCCCUCCACAGCAAAAAGACCAAAUCCUUCGAGUACUCAAUGGAUAUCCGCAUUUGAUAGAGGUGUUCGUCAAGCAAAGACAAAUGCAGCAACUUCAUCUACCCCACAUCCAGCAAAACCAGCAACUAAACAGUUCAUCAGAUUUUCAGGGAUCAUCGCAAAAGCAACAACAAAUGGUUGGCGAUGGUUCAACGAAUCUGAGUGCAGAUACUCUGCCGACAGAAGACAGUGGUCCAAACAAGCUACCACGUCGUAGUCAAGCUCUGCAAAAACUGCUGCAAGUGUUGAGCUUACCUACUUCUUCUCAGCAGCGAGAUAAAAUUUCACAACUUCUGAAUAGAAAUCCUCAUCUGUUGGUGGAGAUCAUAAAGGGUAGGCGGCAGAUGCAGCAACAUCAACAGCAAUAGUUGCAAAGGCAACUGAUCUGAAAAGAGACUGAAGAUUGUUGAUUUGUCUGCUGUGCAGCAAGCAAAUGAAGGUUGCGAGUUUGUGAGGGUCGUAGCCAAGAAAGCCUAGUCGUUCUCAAAAAAUCAAAAUAUUAUUGAAAAUUGAAAAAUUGUUAUUCUUCUUUUUAAUCUUUGAAUUCGGUAUAUUUUAUGCAAAAAAUGACUAUUAGGUAAAUUAAAUUUCAAAAAUGGAUCAUUUAGUCCUUAAUUUUAAAAAUAAUUAAACUGCCUAUUAUAAUAUAAUUAAUUGUUGUUAUUUUUAAUCAGUAUAGAUUUUCAAACUGA